AUGCAGGGUGGCUCCAGUGAUGCAGCUGGGCCGGAGCAAGACCACUUGCCUGGAGCCGCCAAGCUGGAGGUGGAAACGGAGUUCCGUGGUUCCGGGGCAGCGGCUGUGGGGCAGCACCUUCUCCAGGCCGAGACCCCAGCGAAGAAGGAGCAGAGAGGCCGGGGAAGCCUGCUGCGCUGGUUCACCACUGUGGUCCUGAAUGCCGCCUUCCUGGGGAUGGGAAUAAGUGCUGCCAUAUUGGGACCCACAUUUCAAGAUCUGGCCAGAAAUGUGAAUCGAAAUAUCAGCAGUCUUUCUGAAAUAUUUGUGGGUCGUGCUUUGGGAUACCUGAGUGGCUCUCUGAUUGGUGGAGUUCUUUUUGACUGUAUGAAUCAUUUUUUACUUUUGGGGAUGUCAAACCUGAUGAGCUCAGUUGGUCUUUAUCUAACUCCUGUUUGCAAGACAGCAGUCCUAUUGAUCAUCAUGACAUCUGUCAUUGGCGUUUCAUUUGGCAUUCUGGACACAGGUGGCAAUGUCCUCAUUUUGGAUCUUUGGGGGGACAAAGGAGCCCCCCAUAUGCAGGCCUUGCACUUCAGUUUCGCCUUGGGUGCCUUUCUGGCUCCCCUGCUGGCUAAACUGGCAUGGGGCACAGCAGCCUCUGCUGCGAACCACACGGAGCCUGACUUUCAUCCUCUAAUGCUGAACGGAUCCUCCGAAGCCACCUCAGACCCUCUGUUUGCAGUGCCUGAUGACAUGAAUUUGCUGUGGGCUUAUGCUUCCAUCGGCACUUAUGCUUCAGUAGUUUCUGUCCUUCUCUUGGCUCCAUUUUUUAAAAAACGCUCAAAACAUAAAAAAUCCACAGCAUCAGCCCAGCGAUCUCAAAGAGCUAAAUACCACAAGGCCCUGCUCUGCCUCCUCUUCCUGUUCUUCUUUUUCUACGUUGGCGCUGAGGUGACAUAUGGCUCUUACAUAUUCUCAUUUGCAACCACCCAUGUUGGCAUGGAGGAAAGUGAAGCAGCCGGGUUGAACUCCAUCUUCUGGGGGACCUUUGCAGGCUGCAGGGGCCUGGCCAUCUUCUUUGCAGCGUGUCUACAGCCUGGAACCAUGAUUGUGUUGAGCAACGUUGGCAGCCUGGUCUCAUCUUUAUUUCUGGUGCUUUUUGACAAGAACAAACUUUGCCUCUGGAUCGCAACUUCCGUGUAUGGAGCCUCGAUGGCAACCACAUUUCCCAGUGGGAUUUCUUGGAUUGAGCGGUACACCAGCAUAAGUGGGAAAUCUGCAGCAUUUAUUCUAAUUGGUGCAGCCUUGGGACUAAUGGCUACUCCUGCACUAGCUGGAAUUCUUCAAGGACAAUAUCCAAAUUUGCCCGUAGUUCUGUACACCUGUUUGGGGUCCACAGUAUUCACUGCUGUUUUAUUUCCUGUGAUGUAUAAAUUAGCCACCUUGCCUCUGGAUCGUAAGCAGAAAAAAAACAUCAAAAGGGAGGGCCAGAAAAUUUUACCCUCUAGUUCUGAACUACAAAGGGAGAAAAUGAAAGGGGAGGGUGAGAAAAUGGAAUGAAAUGGAGGAAGCAAGGAUCAGAAAGCUUUGUUUUCUGGUUCUGAGCUAAAUGAGGAAGGUAAUGAAUGGGAAGAUGAAAAACAAUGGGAUGAAGGAGAUUUUGAAGUGAUUAAAAUGAAGAAUAUGAGGCAUUCUGUAGGAGAGAGGUCUAGAGUUAGUUUGAUGGAGCCCACAGCAGAGGUCCUCAGGCAGUUCUCAAAUGCCUUGCUGCUUGAGUCCUCUGCCAUGAACAGUGGCCAUUCCCCAGUAAAGCACCAAGGCAAAAGGGACAAACACAGAGCAAAUGUGUCACUGACUGACUUCAGUGAAUAAUCACUGUGGGAGACAGGC